AUGUCCAAGGGAGGAAAACAAAAAGUUGACAGACGGGCUGUUGCGGCAGCAAACGGCUACGUUCGAGGAGCGAACCGGGAGCAAGACCAGCAUCGCUGUGAAUAUUAUUAUUCUGACGAAUCCCUCAGUCUCCAGGACAAGGUUCUGUCCGUUUAUGUCUUAUGGGCAUCCGAAGAAGAUGAGGAGCUCCGAGGUGAAGGCCUUCACGAAGGACAACCAGCCCCUGAUCUUGCGACGGUGAAGGAUUUUAUACGGUUUUACAUUUUCUCUUCGCACGGAAUGAUCUCGCUGCGUCCUACGAAGUCUUCCGUGCUGAAUUUUGCCGAGCGAUUCUUUGCCGGAGUGCAGUUGACGUUCGCCAUUCUUAUAUAUUGCUACUCAGGGGCUCGAAUUGGCACAUUUAUACCUGACACGUCGAAAGCGGACGUGCGUGGACUGAGAUACGAAGACAUUGAACUCUACAUCUAUCGCAGACCAGACGGCGAGAUUGAGCUUUUCUUUCGUCUCAGCGAGAUAUGGGUUAAAAAUAAUGAUAAUCCCAAGAACACAGUUUUCCGUGUCGCGAUGAGGGAGCAUGGAAAGCUACGAUUUAAUCCAGUCGCCUUCCUGUUGGAAAUGGCAUUUCAGGAUGGUGCUUUUCUGCAUAUGGACUCGCUGGAGUCCUUAAAAAGGUGGAAUCCUGAUCAUAAUGAGCCAACACCUCUCCUUUGGGAUCCUUCUGUGGCCAAGGAGCCUGUUUUACGGAGAGUGACCAGAUUUGGUGGAAUAUCAAAAAGUCCAUGGACCCGAGAGUGUUUCUGCCGUUUAUUUAGAGCAGUUGUCAGCAACGCUGGAUAUCCAGAGAUCAUUACGAUUCACACUUUGAGGCGGGGGCUUGCUAAUAGGCUUGACAAAGUGGCAACCGAAGCAGAAAGGAGUCAGAUCCUCACCCAAAAGGAUCCCAAUAUUUUCGGGAGAAGUUACAUAGAUAGUACCUCGGCGCUGAGCAGCAUGGAUGCGUUCCUCGGAGAGGCCAUGCGCCUCGACCACAUUGAAUACCUUAGAGGUGUGGGCAAGUAUCGUGCAAUAGGAUAUCCGAGACAAUUGCCAGCGGAGCGACAGCAUGCCAUUCGACAAAACAAAGACUUGCAAGAUCUCGAACAGAGGCUUCGAGAACUCACCGCGCAGCAGGCUGUCAAUGAUAGUGAUAAAAUAAAGGAUGAAGAUGAGGAUGAGGAUGAGGAUAAAGAUCUUGAUGGUGCCGAUGAAGACGACAAAUUUGCUAUUAAACUUACAAAGAAGCAAGUGCAAGUCUUGAAAACUCGUCUCUACAAUACGGAGUUAGCUAAAUACCGAGACGAGUGGAUUCAAAGCCGUGUAGAGACGCAGGUAAAAUCAGGAGGAAAGGCUUCUGACGUUAUCGUGUAUAAUGAUAUUACACACUGUCUUUUCAGGGCACAGCCUGAUCGCCAGCGUGUUGCUGAGAUGAUGCCGUCAGACAAGCUCCUCUCUUAUCAGGAGACGCUCUCCAUGGUUGAGAACCUAUUAUCUUAUUGCACCAAAGACUAUAAUGUUUUCUACCGGCCUGGAGAGGAGCCCGUCAAUGGAAGAUGUCCAGUGGGGGGUUGUAGCUUAAAUGGCAUCUGGGAUGAAGCGGACGUUUCGGUUGAUUUCUUUGGAAAGGAAGAUUCGGCACAAGGCGAUGUAUCUGCCAGUACCGAAAGGAAGCGACGACAGCCGCAGGUUAGGCGAAAGGAUCAGAAAAGAAGGCGACUUGGUCGUGGAGAUUUUCAAAUCGUCCAAUGGGAGUCUCCAAACUCUGCUACUGAUCUUCGAACUCCACCGUUGGCUAACUCAACGGAGUUAAAUGUCAAAAUUUGGAGUCAUGCUGCAAAGGCCUCAUCGUAUCCUGCAGUGGAGGAGCCAGCUCUAGGGUACAUAAUAGCGCCAACAUUAAAGGCCAACGACGACAGUGGGCUCUUUAAUAAUAUCAACUCCUCUUCCCAGGACGAUUCAACUCUUUGUGUCUCGGACUCGUCUACCCUUCAUGAUCUCACUACAAGAUGCGGGUCAGAGCCUUCAACACCUAACACCAGCCCGGACCUUUUACCAAUCGAUCCGGAGAUACUGCAAGGAGAUACUAUCCCCUUAAUUGGAUUCGGCGGGCAAAAAUCAGACCUCAGGGAUGCGAAGGAAUCCAGGGAACCCGAAUCCUGCAGAUAUUCUCUAGAAACUAAAGUCUCACCUGUGCCUGGGAUCCUCCAUGUCGACAAUUCUCCGGAUAGUGAAGAAAUAAACUCCAGUGCAGACGAGCAUACAGACACGGACCAGGUCAAUAUCAUAUUAGAAACUUCAUCAACGGAGACCCGAGAACAAAGAUGUCGAACCCCAUCAGCAACUGAUGCACUAGAGUCCUUGCUUAAACCAGGGCCGUUGAGCAGCGACAACAUUCACGCUGGAGAGCCGAUCGAUCACCCGAAUAACAAGGUCCUAUUCCGAGACAGAAGACAAGUUUCUCAGGAGCUUAAUGAAGAAAAAGCUAGCCCUGCAGGAAGCGAUGGAGAAAUUCCAGGCCAUUUUCCCUGGCAGGUCAAAGGCGUCAAUUCAAAGACGUUGGUCCCUCCUACAGCCAUCCCCACGGCGGUCAACCCGAUCAAGAUCAAAUAG